AUGAAGCAUCUUGUCAUCCUUCUGCUGUUACACCUGCCAGUCUGCUCAGCUUAUUCUCUGAAUGGAGCAGUGAAGAAGGAGGACCCAAACAUGGAUCUUGUCCAGGCACUUAAUGAAAAAUACUACAACCCUGCAAAAGAUGUGAAACACUUUUUUAGGAAGACAGUGGGCCUGUUGUUUAAAAAAAUUCAAGAAAUGCAGAAGUUCCUGGAGUUGGAGGUGAGAGGGAAGCCGGACUCCGACACUGUGGAGGUGAUGCUCAAACCCAGAUGUGGAAUUCCUGAUGUUGGUCACUUCAGUACCUUUCCUGGCAUGCCAAAGUGGAGGAAAACUCACCUUACUUAUAGGUAAUGGAUUGUGGAUUACACACUGGAUUUGUCAAGAGUUGUUGAUUCUGCCAUUGAGAAAGCUCUGAAAAUCUAGGGGAAGGUGUCUUCACUCUCAUUCUCCAAGAUUUAUGACGGAGACACUGACAUAAUGAUUUUUCCAAAAGAGAGAAAUGGAAACUUUGAAAAUUUUGAUGGACCAGGAAAAGUUUCAGCUCAUACCUAUCCACCUGGGCCAGGCUUUUAUGGAGAUGUUCACUUUGAUGAUGAUGAACUGUGGAUGGAGGAUACAUCAGGGACCAAUUUAUUCCUUGUUGCUGCUCAUCAACUUGGCCAUUCCCUGGAUCUCUUUCACUCAGCCAAUGCUGAAGCUUGGAUGUACCCGCUCUUCAAUGCGUUCACAGACCUGGCCCAGUUCCACCCUUCUCAAGAGGAUGUGAAUGGCAUUCAGUCCACAUAUGGACCUCCCCCUACUUCCCCUGAUGACCCCGUGGCGCCCACGGAAUCGGUGCCUCCAGGACCUGGAACGCUAGCCAUGUGCAAUCCUGCUUUGUCCUUUGAGGCAGCCAGCACUCUGAGGGGAGAAAUCCUGCUCUUUAAAGACAGAUAUUUUUGGCACAGAUCCCACUGGUAUCUCGAAUAAUUUCAUUUGAUUUCCACAUUUUGGCCCUUUCCCUCAGACUUAGAUGCUGCAUAUGAAGUAAAUGUAAGGAUACCGAUUUGGUUUUAGAGAAAUAAGUUCUGGGCUGUCAAGAAUUGAGGUUAUCCAAGAGGCAUCUACACCCUGGGUUUUCCUCCAAUUAUAAGGAAAAUUGAUGCAGCUGUUUCUGAUAAGAAAAAGAAUAAAAUGUACUUCUUUGUAGAGGACAAUUACUGGAGACUUGACGAAAAUAUCCAGUCCAAGGAACAAGGCUUCCCCAGACUAAUAGCUGAUGACUUUCCAGGAGUUGAAAAAGUUGAUGCUGUAUUACAGGCGUCUGGAUUUUUCUGUUUCUUCAGUGGAUCGUCACAGUUUGAGUUUGACCCUAAUGCCAAGGUGGUGACAUGUAUAUUGAAGAGUAACAACUGGUUAUAUUGUUAA